ACCGAUCGGAUGUUUUAUCCAACAAGUUCUAACAAUCGCAGAAACUCCUAUCCCACUUCCAUCGAUUCUUUUAAGAGCCAACUUCCUUCAAUAGCCCUUCCAAGCGACAUCACCCGAAACUCCCUCUCUGACCACCUGGAGCCCACCCAUAGCCCACCCACUGUAUCACGACCGAUGGCUGAUUCCAUUCAGAUAGACAAAGCUGAGCAAGUGACCGACUGCUCAAAGUGUGGCAGGUCACUCGACUUGGAGCGGUAUGUAUGCGGAACAUGCGGAGAGAAGCAACCGUUGCAGUCCGAGACUCCAAUUGAAGGCAGUGUGAGCCGAUCUUCUAUCCUUGGCCAUUCAACCACUAUGUCUCGCUCGGGGGCCAUCACGACACAAUCCAUGGGUUACGAACUCUGCUCCGGUUGUUUGAAAUCUUUUGGCAUAGAUCAUUCAAUUGCUAUCAUUCGAGGAGAAGACCCUUCUCGAGCCGGUGUUUUGAGCGUACAGGAUCCUUCAACCUGGAUCCGUAGCGCUCCGAGACAGGAAGGUCAAUUACGGCAUGCAUUCGUCCUGAAACGAUGGGUCAGUAAGGGUAGCUCUAGUGAAUGGGAAGAAGUUGAUUCCUUGCCUGAAACAUCCAAAUGCUCUGGGUGCCAAGACGAAAUCUCUAGGGAUAGGUACAAAUGCGCGUCCUGUCCGGUCUACGUACUAUGCAUGGCUUGCUACAAAAAUGUACACGAUAUCCAUCCCAUCCACGUAUUCUUAGCGAUAUCAUCACAGACUACACGUUCACGACGAGGAACAAUUGGGACCCAGUCUAGUGGAUCAUCUCAUACCAUCAGAGCCACAAGCGGCACCUGUGAUGGAUGUCACCAGAUCAUUGGCGAUGUUCACUACGAUUGUGCAUCUUGUCCUACAGGAUCAAUCUAUCGUCUGUGCUCGUCUUGCGAGAACGACUCUGCUCGAAUUCAUGAUCCCAUGCAUAUCUUUGUCAAAAUUCUUUCUACAACUUCAGGUCGGCGGAGGUCCCUGCAUCUCCCUCAGGCAUUGUACAAAUACUCUACUAGAAGAAGUAGUUCCAUAUCACAUCUCCAAAGCGUGCGGCACGACUAUGUGCUUUGCGACCGUCACGGGCGCUCUAUCGUGGGGAAAUGGUUUCAUUGCGUAGACUGUCGCCGAGACCUAUGUGCCGAGUGUGAAGAUCUCGCGGAGCAUGAUAGCUCCCAUGUAUCUAUUGUCUUCAAAUCUGCAGUUGAUACAAAGGUCUUUGGAUCUACCGGGUUAGAAUGAGAGUCGCACGAAUGCUCUCGAAUGGUGUUUUGCAUUUUGAUCAAUGUAAUAGUAUGGCCCCGUAGUCUGUACUGCUCUGAGCGAAUUUCUUGAUACUAGGUUCUC